UAGUGAAUUGUUAAUUUUAUCUCUUUUCUUGACCAUUAUAAGUGCUUGCUAGUAGUACUAUAUCGAAUCCAAAGAUAACAUUAUGAACCAAUUGACAUGUGCAGCAUGCCAAAUUCGAUUAGGAGACGAUGAAUCUUUCAAGGCACAUUAUAGGACAGAAUGGCAUUCCCACAAUUUGAAAAGGAAAAUAGUAAAUCUUUCACCAUUAACCCUGCAAGAAUAUGAAUUAAAAAUUGAUAAAUCAAAAAAUGAACAGAUACCUGACAAAAGUGAGAAUACUACUUUCCGCUGUCAGAAGUGCAACAAAACCUUCACAAGUAAAAGUACAUAUGAAGAUCAUAUAAAUUCAAAGAAGCAUAAGAAGAAUCUGAAGAGUCUUGAAGUUGAGCAUAACCAUAUGGGUCGAAAAGAACCUUUAUGUAUCAAGGAGGAUGAAAGCAUUCUUGAAGUAGAAGAAGUCGAUUCUGAUGAAUGGAGUGAUGAUGACAAUCCCACGGUUGAAAAUCAAUGUUUAUUCUGUUCACAUGAGAGCAGAAAUUUUCAUAAGAAUUUGAAGCACAUGUAUUCCUUGCACUCCUUUUUCAUUCCUGAUGUAGAAUAUUGCGUUGACAUUAAAGGUUUAUUAAUGUACCUUGGGGAAAAAGUAACGAAAUAUUAUAUGUGUCUUUGGUGUAAUGAGAAAGGUAGAACUUUCUACUCCAUAGAUGCUGCUAAAAAUCAUAUGGUUGACAAAGGCCACUGUAGAAUGAUAUUUGAAGGAGUGGCACUCACAGAAUAUGUUGACUUUUAUGAUUAUUCUUCCUCAUAUCCAGAUGCAGGAAAUAAUAUUGACAAGGAUGAUGAGAUAUCGGUUGAUAUUCUAGACGAUUCAGAAUUUCAAUUGGUUCUCCCAUCUGGUGUUAAAGUUGGUCACAGGAGUUUACUUAAAUAUUACAAACAGAAUACAGCACGUUCAUCUGCUUUAGUACCAUCAAAAAAUACUAGAAAAUUGCACAAAGUACUUGCAACUUAUAGAGCUUUAGGAUGGUCACAGAGAGACCAAGAAGAAGCUGCAAGAGAAGCAAGAGAUCUCCACUUUUUGAAGCGAGUACGAUCAAAAUGGUAUGCUAAACUAGGGGUGAAAAAUAAUAAGUUGCAGAAGUGCUCCAGACAACAAUUUCAAUAUUAAUUCUACUAUUUUUUGUAUCUCAAUCAAUUCAUUCCUAAUCUUUCACUGUAACUUUUGUUAACUGCUAAAUAAAUAUGCCCUCAGAAGGUAAUGUUA